AUGCUCUCCAAGAUCACCGCCCUCAUCCUCCUCGCUACCAGCGCAUCCGCAGCGACUCUUCCCCGAAGCGCAGACUGGACCUGGGACGUCACCGACUUCAGCAGCGUCUGCACCGCAUCAGCAUGCCGCUACUCCUUCAACGUCACCGCGCCCACCGGUCCCUCCGGCCAACCAGCCUUCGAUGCCGAAUUUUGUUCUGGCACUAGUCUCCAGGGUGGCUACAAGUCCUGCGGCGUGGUCGGCAUCGAUGUACCGGGCGAUGUGCAGACGCAAGAGUUCAACCGCGGGAGUGAUGUCGGCGCGACUGUUAGUGUGCAGUACACGUUUAUGCAGGGUGAAGUGAGGUACACGUACACGGGUAGCGAGACUGUUAAGCAUACUGGAUUGGGUCCGGCUGUGGACUUUAGCAUUGUGCCUACGGAGGUGACUGCUGUUGCUUAG